GGCGUAAACCAGUUUUGACAGUCCCUUUGGAGAAUCGGGGAUGGAAGGAGCGGCCGCAGCAAUGGACGACUUCGAGGUCCCGCCAGAGUACCGGCAUCUAAUGCCUCUUUCCCUUUGGGAAAUUCGCACACUGCGGCGGUGUGCGGCACAAAAAACACGGCCGUACGGCGAUACCCCUGUGAUGCCGGCACAGGUUCAGUUUGCCGGCGUCCGCGACAGCGACCGCGCGGCCGCCGCUACGAAGCGAAAACGCCGAGACAGCGCGGCCGAGUGGUGCACAUGCGGUUCGUGCCGCUCAAUGGACACGGGACGCGAAGACGUCUGCUGUCGGGACGUGCCGGCAGCAAUGCAAAAAAUGCCCGUGGGGUGCGUCGCAACAGCCGCAGAAUUUCAGGCGUCGUGCCUCACAGAAAUUGUGGUGCAAUUAGCACUGCAGAUGCUUGAAAACCAGGGAGUUUUCAGGAACACCCCACUGCAUGAGAGAUACCGCCAUGUUGCCUACAAACAAUGUGCAUCGUGGCUUUGGGGGCGCCUCGAAGAGGGAGAUAGGCGUGUGCUGCCAUCCUGCGUAGUGUGGGCCAUCCGGGACAAGUUUCCGUCUACGUUUUAUACAGGGUUCAAACCUGCACAAUAGUAGUAGGAUGUAUAUAUAAAUACGAUACUCUAACCUAUUCAGUACAA